UCUGAAGGUAUAAAGUGUGUGGAAACUGAGAACUGUUUGGGAGAACUCCUGCUCCUGGAUGGAAAAAAGCAGGGGAUGACACGGGCAACACAGAGCAGCUGGAGAGGCACGCAUGAAAGGAAAAGUAUGUCUGCUCCAAGGACAGGCUGUGUCACUGGAACCUGAAGGAGAAAAAGAAGCAUCAUUACAGCAGUCCAAGUAGGAUGGGGAACAGCUGAGAAGAGAAAUUUUGGACACACAGGAAAGAGGGAAACGAUCUGGUUACAUAAAAGGAGAGCUGCAGCCCUUGCACCACCCAUGGUGGGCCCAGAACUAGGGUUUCUGAAAGCUUCUGCCCACAGCAUUAAUGGCAAGGGGGGACUAACAUGGUUUCAACAGUCUGCUUGAAAAGCUAAUAUGGAUAAACAUUCUUGUGGGGCCCAAGAGAAAGUUUAAAUCAAUGCAGCUGUUCCAGGCCUGCUGAGCAUCCCAUUUGGACCAGACCUCAGGGAGACUACAGAAAUACUGGAGCACUUGAUAAAGGCCUUAAAAAGAAAGGAAUCUCAGGAACUAUCAGUUCCCAGCAGUUUUGGCCUAGAAGAGCUGCAAGUGCUGCCCUGUGGAGAACUCACUGACUGUGGUCAGCUGGUGCUUAGUCGGUGACUUGUGGUAGCACCAGGUGAAUCUCAGCACUGACGGGUCAGUAGGUGGCAACAAGGAGCACGUGUGGAAGCCACAAUGAGAUGCCUCACCCAUCCGCUGCUCAGGAAGUUGUUGAGCCUCCCACUUCAGUGUGUGCCAGGGCAAGGGACUCUGAGUAAAGGUGCUGUUGUCAGUCCAAAGCAGUUGUUUCUGAGGCACAGUUGCAGUGCAGGACGUGGGUUCGUGACUGCCACUGAUAUGGUCAAUUAUUGGCAGAAGGUGUUCGAGACAAAUGGAAUCCCUGAAGCACGAGAAUCCAGUCAAUACAUUGUGUCAUUUGUCCUGGGAGCAAAAACAUUUCAGAGCUUGGAUUCCAAAAGCCUCCACACUCCACUUACAGCACUGCAGCAGGAGCAAAUCCAGCAGCUGAGCCACAGGCGGCUACAAAGGAUGCCAGUGCAGUACGUGCUCGGAGAGUGGGACUUCUGGGACUUGACUCUGAAGAUGAGACCCCCAGUAUUUAUUCCACGGCCUGAAACAGAGGAUCUUGUCUCUUUAGUUGUGGAGGAAGAAUUUCAGAAAUGUGAGAAUUCAGCCCUCUGUUUCCCAGUUGCUGCUCCUCAUCCUGUCAUUCUGGAAAUUGGCUGUGGCUCUGGAGCAAUUGCUCUGAGUCUGCUCUGUAAACUGCCACAGAGCAGAGUCAUAGCCAUGGAUAAAGAGGAGGCUGCCGUGGAUCUCACCAGGGAGAAUGCACAUAGGCUGCAACUCCAAGAAAGGAUUCACAUCAUCCACCAAGACGUUUCACACUGUUCUGCCAAACAGCUGCUGCUCUGGGGCCCCAUAGAUGUCAUAGUCAGUAACCCCCCAUAUAUUUUCCAUGAAGACAUGGCUUCCUUGGAUGCAGAAAUCCUCCGCUAUGAGGACCUUGAUGCCUUGGAUGGGGGAGAUGAUGGCAUGAGAGUCAUCAAAACAAUUCUGGCUUUGGCUCCUUCUCUUCUGAAAGUUUCUGGAAGUGUGUUUCUGGAAGUGGAUCCCAGGCAUCCAGAUAUGGUGGAGCACUGGCUACAGGUACACCCAGACUUGCUGCUCACCCUCCGUGCUAUUCACAAGGACUUUUGUGGCAAGCCUAGGUUUCUGCACAUCCAGAAACAAAGCAGCUGACAACUGUGUCAGACAUAGCUCUCCUUGCAGGAUGCUUUUUGCUCUUGAGCUCAGCUGAACAGCUUGUUGAGAACUCCUUCUGCCUUGUGAAAGGAAUCUCCAUUCCCCUGAGUGUUGGACUCUCCAUGCAGUGACAGACCCCUCAUUUCCUGACUCAGACCUCAUCCAGAGAUGCAGAAGUUCAGCUGAGCAGGUGGAAGUGUUUCACCUUCCUCAUGGAACUGUAUGAAACAUUUUAGUCUGCUGUGCCAAAGUGACUCAAUCAUCUCAGGACCCAAGACAGAAGAGUUCACAGCUCCAGAUUAAAAAUACAACUUCUUAAUGUGCCAUAUAACUCAUUUGGCCCAGAAAGAAUUUAACUGUGUUUUUUUAAGUUGGCCUUGAGAUACAUUUAUAUAGAAUGUGACCAGAUGGGAUGAUAAGCCCAAACCCUGGUUUAUACUGGCACAUGGAUUUGCAGGUAUAACAGGACAUAACUGCUGUGCACAUUUCAAAUGCAGUUGUGUUCCAGGAUCCUGAUGCUCUAACAGCAGAUCACCCUUUGUUUCCCACUCCUGCUGAGUGAUUGUCUCUGAAGGAUCAGUGCACAUAUUACAGCACCUGAAUUUACAGCCCUUGACACUUGGUGGAUGCUGCCAGAAACAGUCAAAGCAUUAUAAUAAAGACAGUGCUUGAGAUCAGGGUCCUUAAAAGAAUUACACUGCAACUAUUCAGAGAUGCUGGCAGGCCUGAAUGAACAUCUGGCACCCAUACAUUGCUCUGAUAGUAAUAGAAAUGCCUAAAUUCCACGUGAGGCAUUUAAUUGCAACACUUUACAGAAAAGGCCAGAGUCGCUACUCUGGUUUUUCAGAUGGAGAAGUAAAAAACAGGAGGUGAAAUGACCUGCAGAAAAUUUGACAAGCUGAGUUUGGAGUAGGACCCAGUCUCUUGACAGGCAUGGGAAUAGCUGAGAUCUGACUCUUUGGGAAGGGUGACUCAGUGACAGCACUGAGAGAAGUGCCUGAAGUGGACAGUCAGCAUCAUGUCAGUGUAAAUGAUGACAGGAUUAAAUUCAAGCUUCUGCUUGCUGCUGCUGCUGUUUCCAGUGGUGCAGGUUCCCUUCUGGACCAUGGCUAGCCAUGGAAGGAAGGAAAGCAAGCCAAGGAAAGGGUCUGCUCUUGGCCUUCACCCAUUGUACAUCUCACACUACAUUUAUCCACCCCAGUAGUUUACCAUGUCCUGUACACUCUUUACUUGAAUUUGUGAGUCUUCUCAGGCCUGCAGUACCUGCCCUGCUUAAACACAGUAGAGAAAAUCUAAGGAAGGAGAGAACAAAAAACCAGUUAAAACAGUUAAAGUGCACUUGAGUAUAGGUUUGGAAAUAGCAUUUCAGUACAGCUGAUUUCUGGCCUCCUAAAGCCAUGAGUACAAAGUACAGUCAAAGGGAUGGUAUUUUGUGAGAUUGUGGAUUUUUUUUAUUAGUAAUU